CAAGUCAAACAGUUUUCGAAAUCGGAUUAAGCAACUUCAACAGGACUCAAGACACUCAGCAUGAGCAGCGCUUUGGUGGAAUCUCCGCGCUCCUUUGGCGACAUGAUGCGAGCUCCUGUGCUCCUCUACAGGACGAUUGGCGAGGAUAUCUAUGCACAUCGCUCGACGAAUGCUUUAAACUCGCUGCUGCUCAAGAUUUACUUGUAUGCGGGAUUUAUCAACUUCAAUCUGCUCGUCUGUGGCGAACUGGUUUUCUUCUACAAAUCGAUGCAGGACUUUGAGACUGUUCGACUCGCUAUUGCGGUUGCUCCAUGCAUCGGAUUCUCGCUUGUUGCGGAUUUUAAGCAAUUCACCAUGGUGUUGUACAAGGGAACACUGACUCGUCUGCUCGACGAACUGGAAGAGAUGCAUCCCAAGACUCUGGCCCAGCAGCGUGCCUUCAAAAUGGAGGAUUUCGAACGCACCAUGAGACGAGUCAUCGGCAUCUUCACAUUUUUGUGUCUGGCAUAUACAACCACAUUCUCAUUUUAUCCGGCUGUUAAGGCAACGAUUAAGUACAAUUUUCUGGGCUAUGAAACCUUCGAUCGCAACUUUGGCUUUCUCAUUUGGUUUCCCUACGAUGCCACGAGUCGCAAUUGGGUUUAUUGGAUCACCUAUUGGGAUAUUGCUCAUGGCGCCUACUUGGCUGGCAUUGCUUUCCUCUGUGCGGAUCUUUUGCUCGUCGUGGUCAUCACUCAGCUUUGUAUGCACUUCAGCUAUAUCGCCAAUCGCCUAGAGGAUUAUCCUUGUUAUGAGGAUCGCAAUGCGGAAAAUAUACAGUUCUUGGCAUCGAUGAUAAAGUAUCACGACAAGUGCUUGACUCUCUGCGAGCACAUCAAUCAAAUGUAUAGUUUCUCAUUGUUGCUCAACUUUUUGAUGGCUUCAAUGCAGAUUUGUUUCAUAGCCUUUCAAGUGACUGAGUCAACUAUAGAAGUUAUUCUCAUCUACUGCAUUUUUCUGAUGACAUCCAUGGUGCAAGUAUUUCUAGUAUGCUACUACGGCGAUGCUUUAAUAGCUGCAAGUCUUCGAGUUGGAGAUGCUGCCUACAAUCAAAAUUGGUUUCAGUGCAGCAAAACUUAUUGCGUAUUGCUGAAGAUGAUGAUAAUGCGCAGUCAGAAGCCAGCUAUGAUAAGACCCCCAACAUUUCCACCUAUUUCACUGGUAACCUAUAUGAAGGUAAUCAGCAUGUCGUAUCAGUUCUUUGCUUUACUGCGAACAACCUACUACAGGAACUAAUCUAAUCCUGAAACGCUCUGCUGCGAUUUGCCCCUGAGCUCGCCAAAUUUACAAACCUAAUGACAAGCUGCGACAUACUUUGAUAAUAUUUAAUUAAAAAUCGCAUUUAAAAUUAAUAAGCUUAAAUUGAAACCAAUAGCGCCCGAACGAGCAAGAACAAAAUGUGUGUAAAAAAAUCGAGGGAGUCAACAGAAAAACAGCAAAAAAAACCAACAAAAUAAAAUAGAAUGGCACACGAAGCAAACAUUUUUCAAAAGGAAUAUUACAGCACCAAUAACAAAAACUCGCCCCCCAAGAGCAACGUCCAGUCUCUGAGUUUUCUCUCAGUCUCUGAGAGUAUCUCUCUCUAAAAAACGAAGCCAGAGCAGUGCCAUUUUUGCCCCCUCACAACCAUUUGAGCUGCCCGGGUUUUUCCCAAUUUCCCGCUCCCCAAGUGGUAAUAAAAGGAACAACAUAAAACGCAAUCACAAUCAUCGACAAUAAUCCGGCAGCGGCAAAAAAUGCUUAUUAUAAAAUUUCACAGUUUUUCAAUGAGCGGCAAAAAGCAAAGCAAAUCAACAAAAAAACGGGAGAGAAAAACAAUAAAAAAAAAGCUGCAGCAGCAGCAAUGGCUUUUCAAAAUCAUAAUGGCAGCUAGUAACAAGAGUUUUGUGUACAAGUAAGUGGAA